CCGGGCGCUGCUCUCUGCGGGGCCGGCGUGUGGGGACCCGGUGGCGGCCCUGAGCCGGGCGACCGCGGCCACACCUCGCCCGGCAGGGCCGGCUCUGCCGGCUUCCCAGCUUUCCCCGACACUUGUUUUUCUGGCCGGAAGUUUCCUGGAGCCAAAUGGCUCCUACCUGCCUGCUCUGCUGGGUCUGCAGCCUCCUCUGCGUCUGGCCGGUGGUGAUGGGACACCCCUGCAGCCUUGACCACCAGGCAUGGGCCAACUGCAGUGGGAAGAGCCUUCAGCAUGCUCCAACUUCCCUUCCAAGAAACAUCACCAGUUUGGACCUCUCCUUCAACUCCUUGGUCAUGCCCCAUCACAGGACUCUGUUGAAGCAUUUCCCUUCCCUGCACUCUCUCAACCUCUCCAGCAAUGCCAAGCUCACGCUGAGCCCAGCACUCUUCUCCAACCUCGGGGCUCUGCGUCUGCUGGACCUGAGCAGCUGCAGCAUCACCUACAUCCACAUGGACGCUUUCAAGGGCCUGGGAAACUUGCACACCCUGCUUCUAAGAAACAACAGCUUGCAAGAUCUUGAUGUCCCUUUCCUUUUGCCACUGAAGGCUCUUUUCCACCUGGACCUGCGGCACAACGCGCUGGUCUCUGUGGGCACUUGGAGCCUGCAGCUGAUGGAGACAGUCCCGCGGGUGCGCCUGGAAGGGAACCCCUGGGUCUGUGACUGCAGCGUGCACCCUCUGCAGCAGUGGCUGCGGCGCAGGCGAGCUGUGCAGGUGACCUGCGUGUCGCCCCCGGAGCUGAGGGGCCAGGAGAUCGCAGCUCUGGAUUCUCAGGACCUGGGCUGCCAGAUUAAGCAGCGGUUUGCUCGUGGGCUCAGCACACCACAGCCGAUCACAGUGACUGAGAACAACACCACUGCACUGCCUGUUGGGAAGGGGGGAAGGAGCUGGCCAUACCUGGUGGGAUUCCUAGUGACAGCGGUUGGCAUCUCCAUCCUGAUUGCACUGGCUGCCAAGUGCAAGCUUGUCCACAAGAACUUUGCCAGCUACCGCCACCGGCCGCUGCCUGAAAUCAGCUCCAUCGGAGGCAGCCCCAUGGAGGAUAGCAGCAGCUGGGACAGGGGCUCCUGUGGGAGCCAUUCCAUAACUGAUGCUGCUGACCUACAAGCUGAGGAUGAUGAUGGCUUCAUCGAGGACAACUACAUCCAGCCCAGUGAGCAGCUGCCAACAAAAGAGGAGCGGGAGUUGCAUCGCUCCAUCUGAGCUUAUAAGCUUACAGCUCAGCCACCACUGCUGCAGCCUCUUGCUGUCUCCCUAGCUCCACCUUUUCCUACCUGUCCCUAGCUUUGGGCCCCACAUGUGUGGGGCAGGAGGAAGGGAGCAGAGAGGAGGGGAGAGAGGGAUGGGCUAGGAAUGAUUAUGGAGGCUGAAGGCAGCCAGUCCCAGAGUAUCCCAGCCUGACACCAGUAGGCUGUGCUGUCACAGGGACACCAAGCCAGGUGCUGCUUUCCCAGCCUUGCUCGGAUGCUGAGGAUGAAGGAGAUGGUGCCUAUCAUGCCCGGGAAGGCAGGUGAAGUGGGAAGAGGAGCCUGCCCUGGUGCUGCCAUGGGGUCUUGGGCACUGGCCCCACUGCCCCAUGACACCAGACCCAGCCCUGAUCUGUCCCUCAAUGCAUUGUCACUCUGAGGUGUGAUUAAAACAUGAUUUAGCCCUGCC